AGAAACAAGAAAUCUACAACCUGCACUCAGUGUGGAAAGAGUUUAUCAACCAAAAAAAGUCUUGAUGUUCACAUGAGAGUUCAUACAGGAGAGAAGCCACAUACAUGUGAUCAGUGUGGGAAGAGUUUUACAUCAAAACAAAGUCUUGAGAUUCACAGUUCAGUUCAUACCGGAGAGAAGCUGUUCGCAUGUAAUAAAUGCAGCAAAACGUUUCUCUCGGCAUCAGCCCUGAAGAGACACCUGAGAGUUCAUACAAAGGAGAAGCCACAUUCAUGUUCUGUGUGUGGAAAGAGUUUUUCACAGCUGUGUAGUUUACAAAGACAUGAGAAAAUACACACUGGUGUGAGAGAGUACAUGUGCUUUGAGUGUGAGAAGACUUUUGCUACAUGGAGUGAUUUAAAAAAGCACCAGAGAAUUCACACUGGAGAAAAACCUUUCAAGUGUUCACACUGUGACAAAAAAUUCAGUCGUUCAUCAUCUUUGAAAACACAUGAGAGGAUCCACACUGGAGAAAAACCUUACAAGUGUUCACACUGUGACAAGAGAUUCAGUCUGUCAUCACAUCUGAAAAGACAUGAGAGGAUCCACAGCAGACAGAAGAUGCACACGUGUGAUCAGUGUGGAAAGAGUUUCACUAUUAAAAGUCAACUGAAGAUACACAUGAAGAUCCAUGCAGUGGAGAAACCACAUCACCACAGUCUGAAAUCACGAUAAGUAGUUAAUCUUUGUGCUGAGAAACAAGUAGUUUCCUUACAGCCAGAAUAAGCGGCAGGACAGUUUGGUGGUUGCUUAGUGUCUGCUUGGAAAAUCUGAAUUUUCUCCUGAAAUUACAACAGAACGAUCAAAUCACUGUUUAAACAGACUGUAUGAAUUCUUCCCUUAAGAUUCACCAAACAUCUGGCUGAUUACUGGCAAUUUGUAAAGACAGUGGACAAGUGAAGAGAGUGGAGGGGACGGCAUCAGAAAGGACCUUGAGCUGCUGCGACUGUCUUGGAUCACCCAAAGCACAACUACACUAUGUGUCCAAGCACUGAACAAGGCUUUUCUCCUUUACAUAUUAAAUGUGUUUAAUUUAAGGCAGGGUUUUAUUUUUCCUGCAUAGUGAACUACUAGGUGGCUGCCUCUGUCAAAUUUGAUGCUGUCUCCAGCUUUUAACAAAACUCAGACAGGCAGUCACAUGCUCUGAUUCCCCUUUUCCACCAACACGGUUCUGUUGCAGGAUCCUGGCCUGUGUCCAUUCUCAAACUGUUCCACGAACCUCCACGGCACAAAAGGCAGUUCCAGGACAGAAAUAUCGGUACCCUCACUCUUCACCAGUCAUCACAUUCACAACCACCACAGUCAACACAAGUCAAGGUCCCUGGUCCACAGCAUCAACCAUCUUUGUAGGAAGAUCAAUACUGCAUUUCUUGAUGUAUCUUUAAAAUUGACAGAUUUCUUAUGGAGUGCAAUCCCUCUCUAGACGGACAUCGGUCUAUCGGUCUUACAAAAUACUGUCAGACACUGCAUAUGAUGUUCUCAAAAAAAAAAAUUUAAAAAAAAAUUAAAAUACUUAAGAAUUUGGGCCACAGCAGAGAGAAACCACACACAUGAUUGAAAAGUCACCUGUUUGAAAUCAUCAGAUUUGGUUUCAACAUUUGGCAUGCGUUGACGCUGUUCUUUUUGUCUUUUUCAUUAAAAAAUAAUCUGUUUUA